GAUGUCCUGGUCCCCCUUGUACUGGGUAAAGAGAAUGAUCUCAGACAGAUGGCACUCCGAAUCAUAUGUAGUGAGAGACCCCCAGUUGGAGGGAUUGCUGUGAAGGAGCACUUUGAGGUGAAUGUUGUCCCGCUACAGAUUCAGAUGACUUACCAGUUCUACAAGACAGUCAUGGAAUUCUUCUUCCCUGAUAAAAACAUCGAAACAGAAGGCCCGGAUGGAGAGACAGAGAAGGCCCCCAUGAAAAAGAAAGUGGAGAAGCGGCCCUCCAUAAAGAGAGACAGUGUCAAACGAAGCUCCUCAGCUCAUAACUUCGCAGAAAUCGACAAAAUGAAGGAAAGAGCUUCAAAUAACAACACCUUUGUGUACGUUAAAAUCCCAGAAGUUUCUCUCCGUGUGAGCUACAAGGGUGAGAAGGAGAAGAAUAUAGCAGACAUCCAUGACUUCAGCAUCGUCCUACCCACCAUGGAGUACCACAAUCAGAUCUGGACCUGGUUUGAUCUCCUGAUGGCCAUCCGGGGUGACACCAAGAGGGUCAUUCUGUCUCAGGCUAUCAAACAAAAGCUACACAUGAAGUCCAGGGCUGGUGAGGAGACACCACUUAAUGAUGUUCAACAAGAGGAGAACAAAAUGAAAAUGCUACUUGGUGCCAAAGUCCUGGCUGGUCAGGAAAAACCCGCAAAGAAAGGAAUAUUUGGAAAAUCUCAAAAGAAGUAAAACUCAAUUGUGAGAACAACACAAAUGAUGAAGACGAGGAGAUAAUGAUUGCUAUCAUAACAGUGUAAUGCUGUUUGACAUCUACAAGAGAUGUAAACUGUUUUUUUUUUUUUUUUUUGCUUUUCUUCUGUGCCAGAAGUCUUUCUUACAUGUAGUUAAUAUAUAGCUAUGUUUACUCAAAUAUAGAUGUAUGUGUAUAUUGUAAAAUCAAUUUUUAUUAGGACAAAUUUUACUGCUUUGUUGAAAACAUACUGGUUCAAUGAGAAUGGUUUUGGUUAUUGAGGAAGUGCUGAGUUUUCAUACAAGUAUUUUACAUUUUGUUGGAGGGGAUGAAAAUAAGGUCUCUUUAUACCCUAAAAACAUCCAAUUUUACCUCUGUAUAAUAUAUUACUUCACUGUAAUUUAUUUUGUGCAAUAAUGAAAUGAAAAAAGAAUAUUUCUCAAACAUAUAUACAUGGGUUAUGAGAUUUGCAUAUACAUGGUUUUCUGAAUAAUACAACUAAUUAAAAAGCACAAAUAAUUUAUGUAUAUGUAAGAUAUAUUUUAUGAUACUAAUUCUCUUCCAUCUUUUAAGUUCCCUUCUAUUGUUUAAUUCCUGUAAUGGAAUAAUUUUUCUAACAAUAUCACCAGAGAAAGAAAGAGAAUGUGGAUUAUAAUUUUACACUGUAUAUGGCGUAAUGUUGUUAAGAGAACAACGAUAAUUGUUUUAUGGUGCUGCUCUUGUUAUGCUAUUUAUUGUUGAAUAUAACGUCUGUGAUAUUCAUUGCUUUAGUCACGUUUUAAAUGUUUUAGAUUCACUAUUUUCUGUGAGGUAGAACUUUAAUUUUAUUUUAGCUGCAAGUCAGGAUUAAGCUUGUAGUUUAAAGCUCAAACUUUUGUACUUAUUUAUUGUUGUGUGUAUUUAAGGUUCUGCUU